UCUCUCUCUCUCUCUCUCUCUCUCUCUCUCUCUCUCUCUCUCUCUCUCUCUUUUCUAUUGUAUGGUAUGUCUGUUGCGAUCUAGAAGCAGCCAAUCGUAUGUCUUUAAAUUGUUAUCACACGUGUGUGUGUGUUAUUAUAAAUAAUGAAUGGUGUUCUCACCAACGGGUGUGUAAAAAAAAAAAAAAAAAAAAAAAAAAAAACAUAUUUGAGAGCCACCACACAUGGUUACUGACUAUGACGUCAUUGAUAACGUGUCUGUAAAUACACGAAACAACAUGGCAUCUCUAUCUAGUCCACAAUCUUCACAAGAGUGCAUUGUGAGGUAUCUUGCAACAAUGCAUGAUUUUUUCUUCAUAUGGAGACACUCGAGACCUCCACCUAAAAGACAGGAUUCAGAUGAAUUAUAUUUGAGGGUAUCGGUGGAUUUAGGCGAGCAGUUGUUUGGCCACAGGAAGUCGCUAGAUAACUUAUGGGACAACCACAAAAAGUCGCACACUGGCGAGCAGCCCGACGUAGACAGUGAUUUCUGGCGAACUAAGGAACUACUCAAGCUCUGUGUCCCUCCUCUGUACAAAAUGCCUACCGGGCUAGCGUCAUUUUCUGUCAAUCGGGUGAAAAAGAAAAUUCGACCAUCGUCGGCUGCGGCGAAUUUACAGACGUACCCGGGGUAUUCAUCGGGACUGUAUGACACCUCCGUCCGCCCGGCGACCGCGUCGACGUCGGUCAGUUAUCUGUCCAAGAGGCCAGCAACUCAGGCCGGUGGGCCACGACGUCCAUGGCAGCAGCGACCGACGACGGAGUCAAGGGGCGAGAAGGACAUCGUCAAACAACCGCGUCGCCUCACCCUUGGGGCGGUGGAUGGAAUCGCAGAGGCGGAGGCCUUAAUUCGGCCCGGUCUCCCCCAUGGGACUGCAGCACACCAGCUGAAAAGUAAAAUAGAAGAGAAGAUAAACAUCGACACACUAGAGGAGUUGAAGCGGGCGUUCCAGCUUGCUGAUGUUGACCGCACCGGAUGUCUGCAACUCAGUGAGUUCAAACAGCUGCUCAAAUCACAGCUCAGUCUGAGCCCCAACAAGGAGCAGCAGAUAGAUGCACUGUUUAUGAAGAUUGAUUGGGCGUCGGAAGGCUCUAUCACCUGGGAUGAGUUCUGUACGUACAUGCAGCUGGAGUAUGCCGAGAAAGAAGACUCCUAUCUCCGGGCGAAGGAAGUGGCAUUUCACCUUCCAGCCAGGAUCGAAAACCUUCCACACCGAGACCCAGUCCUACGGAUUACAGACACGUCGGAUGGUACAUUUGUUGCCUGCAGUCAGGAUGGCAUGGUGUCCUUCUGGUCUGCUAAUGCCGAUCUCAAGAGAACCAGGAGUGUCGUGAACUCUGAUGUAAACACGAGACAGAAGCCAAAGUGGAUUACAGAUUUUGUGAUUAUGCCUCACUUCAAUAAGUUCAUUGUGGGAACUGGAGAUCGUGAAAUUCAGUUUUUUGAGUUGUCAUCGUUCGAGCCUUACUGUCAGAUUAGUGGUCUGGAGACAGUUCCCUUAAAACUGGACUACAGCUCCACUGGGUAUGAUGAAUGUCUCAUCUUGUAUGGAGACAGUCAGGGCUGUGUCAACAUCCUGGUCAUAAAGUCAGCAGGAGAAUGUCUCCGAACCUGGAAGAAGAUGCCACGUCAAGAUGGCUUUAUUGCCAGCAUCAGUCUGGAUGUGGUGGCAGGAUGUCCCAAUGUCCAGUUUAUUCGCUGGUAUGUCCACGGGGACUGGGUUCAACAGAUAAAGUAUUACCAUGAAAUAGGUCAAGUGAUUUCAUGUUCAAACCAUUCUGCCACAGCUUUAGUCAUAGGCUGUACAGUGGGCAGCACCCAUGUGGAGCAGCAGUUGAAGGAGGUGAAGGAGCUGGGCCAGGACAAGAGCAAACAGAAGGCUGUGUACGCCUACCUCAACACCAAGUCGCGACUCGACGCAGACAAGUCCGUCUUCAAGGUCUACAAGGGAGUCAAGUGCUUCAACUUCUCCAAGGACAAGAACAUCAUGAUCACAGGAGGCAUGGACAGAAUCAUAAGAUUGUGGAAUCCAUAUGUCUCAGGAAAACCCACUGCCAUGCUACGAGGUCAUAAUGCUCCAAUAUUUUACUUGUUUAUAGCUGAGGAAGAUGACAGAAUUUUUAGUGUUUCUACAGAUAGAUGCAUUAAGGUCUGGGACAUCCAGGACCACAACUGUCUGUUGACUGUACGUCCAAAAGGUCACAAGAUACGAGGUGACCUUCAGGCCAUCCACUACUCAACAGUGUCGAAAGCGCUGGCUAUUGCUACCGACCAAAUGUCUUGCCUGGGACUCAGACUCAGGCCAGUGCUGCAUGCAGAUAUAGUGAUCUCCCACAAGGAACCUGUGACUUGCUGUAAAUACAACCCCAGCUUCAAACAAGUUGUCACAGCUUCUGAUGGAUCUGUAAUAAAGUUAUGGGACUUUGAGACUGGAAUGGCUAUAUUUGAUUAUGGCGAAGCUCAUGGGGAUUCAGCAAUCACAACUAUGUCAUUUGAUAGCACAGGCAGAAGGUUGAUCACAGGUGGUAGAGAUGGAAUUCUGCGGAUAUGGAACUACAACAAUGGACACUGUCUCAAGAUGCUUAAAAAAGAAGAAGGAAAUGAAGAGGUGUGUGAUGUCACAUAUAUUGAGAUGAACAGAAACAGGUAUGUUGUGGCUGUAGGUUGGGACAGACGGAUCAACAUCUACUACGACUCUCACUCUGACAGCAACAUUCACCAUGUACAACACCCAGCUCCAUACUGGCACGAUGAUCUGACAAAUGGUCAUAAAGAAGACAUUCUUGCUGUUGCACAGUGUCUUCCUAACCUCCUGGCCACAGCGAGCUAUGAUGGGGAGACAAUCGUGUGGAACAUGGUGUCUGGUCACAUCUUCUGUCACCUGCUGGCACCACCACCACCAAAAUAUGAGGACCAGUCAUUGGAUGGAGAUCUGAGCAUCAAUGCACUAGUGUUUCUACAAACCCGAGCAUACAAGAAAGAGUGUGCCUCACUGGUUGCUAGUGGGCCGCGAGCGCACAUACAUAUGUGGAAUGUCUUCCAGGGUGGAAAAUUAAUGGCACAGUUUCCUGGGUCCAAGAUGCCAGGGGCCAUGGUGAGUACGAUGCAGACAACAAAGAACAACAUAGCGCUGUAUACCGGGGACAGCUUCGGCUUCAUCUACAUCUGGAACAUGGAUGGCUACUGUGCAGACGGCAUCGAACAGAAUCCUCCUGAAUUGAUAAAGUCGUGGAGAGGUCACGUGAGCAGUCUGACGUGUCUGGAGCUGGUGGAGGACUACAAUGUAGUUCUCACUGGUUCAGUCGAUUGUGCUGUCCGCAUGUGGACCAUGGAUGGCGAAUACAUAGGCACAUUUGGCCAGCCAGAUCCAUGGGAUUUGUACAAUCCCUCGACGUACCAGCAUCCCAUGGUUCCCUACGACGUCCUCAUCGACCCCAUGAGUCUGCCAACCCACCCACUCCUCGCCGAGAAGCAGACCACACAUGAAGUUAUACACAUGGACUCUGCUAAAGGCUCUGAUGAUGAGUCGGAUGGAGGCCACAGUCCAACCCCUCUGAUUGUUCCAUUUGGAAAGCAGCAGUUCUACAUUGAUGAUGAAACAAUUGCAAAACAGCUGAAGGAAAAACCACUGAAUGCAACAGGAAAGAGGUUACGGCACGAGAAGCUCAAGCCUGUGAAGAUUGACCGCGGUGGUCCAAGUGAAUAUCGAAUGUUGAGAACCUACAACCUUGCUGACACUCCUCAGCCAAACCCUCCAACCUUUAAAGUGAACAAAGACAAUCCCUUUGACUUCUACAUUGACUGAUGGUCAUACAUUUUGUAGAAUAAACCGUGAGGAUGCUAAAAAAACAACAUGAAGAAGCAAUUUGUGAUAUUUUUGGCAGUUACAUUAGGGUAAUGCUACAACACUAACUGGUACUAAAGUGGUACUCAAUGUUCAGAUUUCAUCUGUUUUUGUUGAUGUGAUGUUUGUCAUACUGUAACAACUUUUUAUGUCUCCCAUCAUGCAAAUAACAGUAUUCACAUCAGGGGCGGCACAGUGUAAAAAAUAGUGGUAUGGCUUGUGGUUGCCAGACUCGCCUUUCAAAUUCUUGUAAGGACAUUUUCACAGAUACAACAAAUAUAACCUACUCACACACACACACAAACAAGUGGCAUGGCCAUGCUGUACCUCUUUGAAAAGUGGUACAGCCAUGGCCGUACCAUCAUCGCUGCCCCUGGACAUUAUGAGAUGGAUGUCAAACAAGAAAUUUAUAGUUUUAUGCCAAUAUAUUGAUCUGAGUGAACAAAAAAAUGUUUGGUUAAUCUUAUACAAACAGUUGAUAGUUCAACUGAAAGUGAUGUAACUACAUCAAAAUGAUUAGAUUUUUAUUUCAAUGUGUUUCACAAAAAAAAUCAAAUAUACUCAACAAACAAAUAUACAUGCAAAUUACAUUGUAAUGAUAGCUUUUUUUCAUCAGCCUGACAAAUGCCAUGGAUAAAAUCUUGGGUAAAGAUAAAUGUGCCACUACAAAGGAGGCUUGUGUAAUUCAAUGUGACAUUGCAUGUCCUAUGAUCACCUCAAAGUAAUCAUCAACACCAGUAUCCCCAAAACCAAAGUGACAGUCCUGUUUUAGUGAUUUGCAGUAUGUUAAAUGUCUCAGCAGGUUAUUAGGAUAUGUGGCCAUCAUGGUUGUCAGUGCAGGCUUAACAAUGAUGUCUCAUGGAUUUUUUACAAUCUGUUCACCAGCAUAACAGGGAUGUUGUGCUUCUCCUCAACAAUGGCCUGCUGUAAAUUGAUCUUCAAAGUUCAUCACAUAAUUAUGUGUUCUGUGGAACCGAGUUCUGGUAACACCGGCCUGCCAGGGCAAUGUGUCCAUAUGGUUUUGAUUCAGAAAGUAAGUGCACACACAAGCUUUGAACAAAUGUGUGUUACUGUGUUGAAUGUCAUGUGUGGAUGUUGUGUACAAACACUUGUACGGUUAACAUGAACAACAGGCAGGUCAGUUUGACCUUUCCAUAAAAUCCCCACCCACAUUUUGAUGCUAUUUUCAUCAAAACUGUCCACUUCCAUAACAUAACAAUUAUGGUAUCUCUGACUUUUGUCAGACACCCUGAUAUGAUCAUCUGCAACUCUGAGCUGAAUCUUGAUUCAUUACUAAAGUUGACAUUUUGAAAACAUAUUCUGGUGUGUUUUCAAACAGGUCGCCCACUGCUGAUUUAGCAUUAUGGUGGCAUAUUGUGUCACAAUUGGUUGAGUCACUGGCUGUUGCACCCAGAUGUUGUAUACACUUUGUAUGGUAUCUUUGUUUGGGCAAUAAUGGUGGCUGGUUGAAACUUGUUUUAGAGUGUUGUGAUUCCAACAUAUUGAUCCUGCCCAACUGAUGUAACUCAUGGCCUACCACUACUAGGACAGUCAAUGAUGGAUCCAGUGAUGUUUAAUCAACUGACAACAAGUCUGCUGUGUGUACAGUCAACCUUAUCACACCAAAACUAUGUCAUUGGUGUCUGCUUUUAAACAUUCCAACUCCUCUCCCUGCCACUGGGGGAUUAAGAGUCACAUUGUGAAAAGUAAUGGCAUGGACAUUAUUUGUUGUGAUCUGGUGACAUCACCAACAGCAUUCUGACAGAGCAUUUAUGUGUAAUAUGUGCUGUAAUGAGGGAUGCAUUUUAGAGAAUUGAGAUACAGUAAUACGAUACUUUUUUUUGUUGAGUAUAUUUUAAAAUGUGUACCUUUGUUUCUUUUCACGUUAAUUUACUAACAUCAAAUAGUACAAAGUAAUGGUAUAUUUGAAUUGUGUUACACAAGUCUUUCACAAAUGUUGAGAUACAGUAUGUCCAGUUAAGCUUUUAUGAGUAUACAUGUACUUGUAACAAAAUUAUUUUACUGCAUACUGGUUAUGCAUGUAUGUACAUUUGAGCCGUUUUUAAAACAUUAAUAAAGGUAAGUUUUUUGUAGCGAUUUUAUGUACACAUGUACUUUAUUGAAGAGAUUAAUCUAAGUCUCCUACAGAUUACUUGACUGAACACAUAUUAAUGGGGUUGUUUUAUCAGGAAAGUAUGUUUAAUAAACAUUUGUUACAUUCAUCUAUAGUUCUUUGAAUAAAUACAUGUAUAUACAUUUUAUACACAUAUCAGUUACUGAUAAUUUACUGGGGAAUUUAAAAAAAAACAAUUAUGACAGAUUGUUGCUAACUGACUUUGGCACUGACCAUCAUUUUUUGUUAAUGAUUCCAAAAAUAAUCAUGAGAUAAGAUGAAGGUGGAGGAGUGGAGGAGUUUUGUAAUCUCCACUUAUAAAUUAAAAUUAUUUUAACAAUAAUGAUUUUAUUAAAAGGCAUUUCCUGUGGACAUACCAUCCAUAAAUAAUUGUUUUGUACCUACCACCCACUCUGCUCAUGCUAUUUUAUCUGGAACAUCUCUUGCCCUUGAUUUUGCUGAAGUUCUGUGAUAAAUGUAAUAUUUUACAGUUAAAAUGUACCUUUUGGAUUAAUAAUAUAUUUAGUUACAUUUGGAUUAAUUGUUUUUUUGGGAAGUUGACCAUUUGGUGGAGGUUGUGAUUUCAUUAUAUUGAUCAUAUAGUGUUCAAAAUAAGUAGGGCAUAUUUGAUUUCAAUUAUGAGUAAGUAUGGACAUCAGCACAUUCCUUGGACAGCCCUGAGCUAAGAUCUUCCCCCAGUAGAAAUGUACACAUCAUUGGGCUAUAUCUCAAUCGUCACAAAUGACAUCUCAGAAAUUUGGCAGAAUUCCACACUACAGGAGGAAUUGGACAGGAUACUUCAAAUUGGCAUACUGGAUGUUUGAUCUAGUUAAUACAUACCUUUAUACCCUGGCAUAAACAUUUGAUGAUAUUAUUGUUUAAAAAGUUUGUUUUCCGUUUAACAACCCCACUAGAACACAUUGAUUGAUCUUUGGCUAUUGGAUAUUAAACAAAUUGGAAAUCCUCACAUGUAAUCUCCAGAGGAACUUACAUUUUUCCAUUAGCAGCAAGGGAUCUUUUAUAUGCACUUUCCCGUAGACUGGACAGCACAUACCACAGUCUUUGAUGACAUUAUUGUGUUGUAUUAUUUUGCUUUGUCCCUCACUAUUAUUAUUAUAAAUGUUACUCUUGCCCUAAUCAUUUUGAACAGUUUAGUUUGAAUAUACAUUGUUCAUAAACAUGAUCAGUAUUGCAAUAAAACAAAGCAUUGUUCUGAAAUACUACAUCUUAAUGUGGUUAUUUGUAUUCAGUAUUAUAUUGCAAAAUAAAAGGGUGUUUUUAACUAUAUUCAUUUUAUGUACAUUAAUCACCUUUUAUGUGAUAUGUGAUAUUUCCUUUUUGAUACUUUGAUAUCAUAUUAAUAAAAUAAUAUAUUUUUAAGACAAAUCAUUUUCUGUUUACAAAUGCAAUAUUUGUGUUGCAUAUUGUAUUUUUUUAAUAUGUGUUUCACCUGUGUAGUUCAUGGAAUGGUGGUUCAGCCCUUUACUGUGAUAUUAUGUAGUAUUUAAUGACAUGUUUGAAUGGCAUAUUGUGAUAGUACUGGGAUUGAAUAGUUUGCAAAUUCUUCAAUGAAACCUGCUAAGUCAUUAAUUAACCCGUUAAUUGCAUUAAGAUCGCAUUAGUCUUGAAUGGAUGACCCAGAUUGUCCUCCAGUUUACAUACACUUAUAUUUCUAAAAUUAUAUUCUUUUGUAGCAUUCUAAAGUUUUCAUUUUAGAGUUACCAUACAUGUAGUAGUCACCAAAUUUAAGUUGACCGUCCUGGCAAGCUAUAGGUGACUAUAAUGGACCAGGGUGGAAUUAUGGAUUGUCUGGAGGAGUGGCAGUCCUCCUGUAGACAAAGCACUUGAGCAGUCUCGAUCUUGUCAAAACUUUCUUUUGACUCUUUAUCUUGUGCAGAGAUGCAAUUUUAAAUAUGAUGACUGUAUUUGUUCAGAUUUGGUAAUGUCCCUGGUGGUGCUCUGAUAAACUAGCCAUCAUUGUGUUUUGUAAUGCCGACUUCACCCAACAUUCUACUUUUAAUCACCUGGUUUAUGUUUAUAACCCUCAUUGAAAGCAGGUUUUUGUAUCUACAGUCCAUACUGCUAUUCUGUGACAGUGAACAAAUGUUUGUUUUGUUAACAAUACCAUUAGAGCACAUUGGAUUGAUUAAUCAUUGACUAGUGGAUUUCAAACAUUUAAUCAUUCUGACAUAUCUGAUACCUGCUACCCUUCUCCAGUAAAACAGCUUUGAUUGCAAAUCAUUUAUGAAGUCAAAAAUACUUUUGGUACAGAUGAAUUUCUCUUCAUGAAGGAAUAUAAUCAUACAUGUAUUAAAUUAGUUUGUUUGAAAAAAACAAAUGAUCUGUGUAAUCAUAAUGAUUAAAUUACAAUGCAUUUGGUAGAUUCAUAACAUUAAUACUAGAAAACAUUUUAUGUGUGUCUUAACAUAUUUUGAGUGUCUGUAAGUCAUAAAUCAUGUUAAAAUCUAUUAACUUUAGUUGUUCCAUAGUAGUAAUUAAUACCCAAUGAGUUAACAGGAGUGUGAAAAGAACUUAUGAUUGUAUUUAUUUUGUGUGCCCAGAUUUGUUUAUGAAUUUACAUUUUGUGUGGACGUUGAUGAGGUGCUUAUUUCCAUUAAACACAUUAUUACUUAUGAGUGGAGUUGUCCUAAUUAUGCAUAAUUGCUGUAGAGAACACAACAUGGUAAUUUUUAUAGAAUAAAAACAUUUAUAAAGCU